CUUUUUUUUCUUCCUAUUCCACAAUCUAAUGUUGAAUACAUUUUAGCAGAAAAUCUCUCUUCUCUUCAAUUAAUUUUUUGAGUAGGACAUGUUAAAAUUCUAUCCUCUCUAAAACCACAACAUUAGUAGCUCUGAUCUUUUUUUCUUAACAGUGAUGUCCGGAUCAACUUAGACGCUCCUCGACUAUUUCAAGGUGUACAUGUUACUUCAAUCACAAGAAAACUGGGGUCGGCUGUGUGAAUCUUCACUAUUAAUGUCCCUCCGUUUAUACUCGUCUUAGUCCACGAGCCCAAUUAUGACGAAUGCAUAACCUUGAAGCCUUAAUAACCAAAGAUCAAUUCUUCUUUUUUCUUGAAGGUGUAGUUUUGCUUGUGCAUGAAGAUACAAGAAUAUGGAGUUUUGGGUUGUUGUAGCAGCUGCAGGUGCAGGUUAUGUAGCGCAACAUUUGCAAAGUUCAUCAGAGGAUAAGAACAACUUACUAGAGAAAAAUCAAUUUCCUAAAUUUUCAACACAUGAACAAUCAGAUAACAAGAAUUUGCUGCAGCAACUACGCGAAUACGUUUGUCCAUUUCACAGACUAGCUCGGAAAAGAGCUAAAAAAGAAGUUAAUGAUCAAAGGGCUUUCAGAUUCAGACAACUUAAUCUUGAUUCAUCAGAAAAUAUGUCUUCUACAGAUUGCACUAGUGAUUCUGGUGCACCAUUCAAUUCAACAGGGAUACCAAAUGGAAUGGCUCUAAUGUAUAUGGGAAUCAUUACUGGCAUGGUGUCUGCUAUUAUUGCAAACAGAAGAGAGACAGAAAAGCUGAAUGAGAAGUUAGAAUGGACCAAGAAUUUAGUUCAAGAGUUAGAAGAGGAAAUCACUGUGAAAGAGCUUUCUAAUGAUGAUUAUGAAAAUCCAAAUUCAUUUAGUCCCUCUAUGUCAGCUGUUGAGCUAUUGUCAACUUCUUCUGAUAUUCAAGUUAAUGAACCAACAAGACAAACCAGUGAAAACACAGAUCCUGUGGCAGCAGAGAAACACGAGUCGAUGAGCGAAAUCGAGGCAGAGCUUGAGGCUGAAUUGGAAAGGUUGGAAAUGAGCUUGAAGGUUUCAACCUUUGAAAUGAUAUCUGAUUUUGUUGAGCUAGAUCCAGAAGAUGAAGUAGAUGUGGCUCAAGGAGACUUGAAAGUAGAUUGCCUCAAUGUGCAAUGCCCUGGUUCAUCAGAAUCAGAUAGGGAUACUAGUGAAACUUGGAUUGUUCAUGCUAAACCUGCCAAUUAUCCUGUUUCCCCGAGGGAGCUAAGCUUGCGCCUGCACGAGGUAAUAGAAUCCAGGCUAGAAGCUCGAAUUAAGGAGCUUGAAACAGCGCUUCAUCGCAGCCAAAAUAGAGCUUGUUCACUGGAAAUACAAAAUCUCUUUCAAGAGGACUUUGCAUCGAGCGAAACAGAGUUUUCUGCAAAUCUACAAAGUCCAUAUUGCUAUUACAAGGCUGAUGAAGAGACCAUUCAUGGAAGUGAAGAUACUUUUGACAUUGAUAUAAGAAUUCCACCUCUUGAUGGAGCAUUGAUUAAUAGACCAAGGAAGGAAGGAAAAUGAUCUUUGAUCUCCUGGAGAAAAUAAGCAAGGACAAUGUGAAAUGGAUUACAAAA